AUGCCGAGCGUAUUCACCUAUCUCACCUCCGAAGUCGACUGCUGCGAAGGCAACUUUGAGCACUCGGAGGUCAUCGCGGAGUACUACAACACGAUCAGCAAUGUGAGUUUCUUCCUCCUUUUCCCCAUCUUGCUGUACCUGAAUCACCAAUAUGUCCAGCAGCGCCCCCUGUCCGCCUAUAGCCUCUCCAUCAUGCUCCUAUUAAUAGGUAUUUUCUCUACCUACUAUCACCUGACCCUGAGCUAUGUGGGACAGCUGCUGGACGAGCUCUCCAUCCUCUGGACACUCGCCUUGACGUACACCUUUUGGAUCCCGAAAUGUUACUUCCCGGGAUUCAUCAAGGACAGGACUCAGUUUGUCUGUCUGGUUGGCAUCGCCACCCUGAUGUCAUUCAUCCAACCAGCCUUCAACGCUUAUCUGCUCAACAGCAUUUCCCUCCAUCUCCUGUACUUAACAUCUCAGGAGCUGAAAAAGUGCAGUAACCCACGUGUUCACCGCAUAGCUGCAUCCAUGGUCAUGUGGUGGGUGCUAGCCAUUAGCUGCUGGUUAAGCGACAAGUGGUUCUGUGGAUUUUGGCAGAGGAUCAACUUCUGUUACCUUCACAGUUUCUGGCAUGUACUGAUAUCCAUCACUCUCCUCUAUUGCUGUCCCUUGUUUAUCUACUUCGAUUCUCGGUACGAGAUACCUGCCUUUGAACCGGAGCUGGAGUACUGGCCUAGUGACUCCUGGCCAAUCGCACUGCCCUAUCUUGCUCUGAAGACACCUUACAAACGGUGUUAG